AUGGAAACUGAUGAGGUGGAAGAGUUAUCACAAAGGGGUGAAAUAUUUCGCUCGAAGUUGAUCGAGGAUUUUCAACUUCUGGACACUUUGAAAUCAAAGGGAAACAUCGAGUCACCAAGAUUUUACUCAAACGAAAUACAAAACCCGGAGAUCAUGGAAAAAAUGUUGAAAGAAUCACCGCACAGCCUCGUGAAAUUUCAAGUGAUUGCCAAGAGAGAGGAGUUGAAGUUUACUGAUCGUAGGUUGAACCGUGUCAGAAAUAAGAAUCGUAUUCCCUUUGGACCAUGGGCACGAUCUGUCACUGAAAGUUCACAGGUGCAAAAUUUCAUCAUGUUUUUGAUCAUCGCGAACAGUAUCGUUCUUGGAUUGCAAGCAGAGAUCGUACACAUGAAAGGGACAACAAUGAGUUUAAUCAAAGUUUUUCUUAAUGUUAUUGAUUACAUAACUCUCGUCGUGUUUGUCCUUGAGAUCCUUGUUAAAUGGGUGGAUGGUUUUUGGGUGUUUUGGAAAAAUGGUUGGAAUAUCUUUGACUUUUUCGUCACAGCCAUGUCCAUUGUUCCAGAGGUACUCAGUUUGGCUUUGGGAGGGAAAUCGUCAUCUUCGAUAUCAGUCAUUGGAGACAAUAUGCGUGUGUUCAAGAUACUGAGAUCAUUAAAAAUGGUUUCCAGAUUUGCGCAACUCAGGAUAAUCGUUCUGACAAUAUUUAAAGCAUUCAAGUCCAUGGCGUUCAUCAUGAUCUUGUUGAUGUUAUUCAUGUACAUUUUCGCUGUGGCUGGGACAAUCGUCUUUGAUUCUUACUCCAAGUCGAAGAGGACAGAUCUCAAAUACAGAAACAGCUUCAGAACACUGAAGAAUGCUUUUAUAACAUUGUUCCAACUCUUCACCCUGGAUCAUUGGUACGAAAUCCAACAAGAUAUGACAAAAGCCGUGAAUCCUGUCGUUGCGAAGAUUUAUGUUCUUUUGUGGAUUUGCAUUGGAGCUUUUGUCUUCAGGAACAUCUUUGCAGGCAUCAUGGUGAACAACUUUCAAAACAUUCGUAACGACUUCAACCAACAAAUCAAGGAACAGAUAGCGGUGAAGGAACGAGCUGAAAUCAGAUCUCAACUAGCAGAUGAACUUGAAAAACAUGAUAAAAAACAUCGUAAAAGUAGACGUGCAAGCAGUCUUGCAGUGCCCGGGUCAACAGCACAGGAAGGUCGAGACAGGCGUGCGAGUUCGUUCCUGAACAGAAUAUUUCGAAGAAGCACCGCGCAUGCGUUUGAGACAGCGACGGAGGAGCCCAAGGAGACUGAGAAAAAGGGAGAACCAAAACUGCCCAAUUUCGUCUCGGAUUUACACGAAAAAAUUGCACAGAUCAGAUCAAACGAUCAACAGAGCUUAAAACGAACAAGUUCUUUCCAUGCAUACUACGCUCGGCAUACGGAGGACGAUGGAGAGGAUUUUGUAGCACAAGGUGGGUGCGUUAUACCAGAGAUGAGCUCGGAGAUGGACGAGCCAAGAACCACACGAGUGCAGUUCAAGGAAGACGAGGAUGAGGAGGAUACUAAGAAAAAAGAUGAAGGGGAGAAAACAGAAACAGAUAUGGAAGCUGAGUUUGCAGAUUGGCAAAAGACUGUCGAUGCAAACUUACAUAACUUUCAACGUUAUCCAAUGGAGACAUUGUGGCCAAGAGACACAUUGUUCAAAUAUUUUCAGAUGAUGGAACAACUUCAGGAAAAUCUUGUGGAGCGAAAACAGCUGAUUCGAUUGAUAGUUGAAGCCUUGCUACAACUCCAAGAUUCAAAGAAAGUAGUUUCAGAGGAGACAAAGCAGGAAAAACCUCCUAAAUCUGCAACGUAACAUUUUUGACGUUCAUGUGUAUUUUCAAUUUUUUUUUCUGUACAAAGAAUUG